AUUACAUACACUCUCCAAAGACUGGACGACUGUUUUGGUUUUGCCAUUUAUUCAGUGCCACGCGCUCUAGUCCGUCAAACGUUCUAGUAGUAAUCGGUCUCUCACAAUAAACAACAGUCAAACUAUCAAAAUAUUAGCAACUUAGCCCAUAAACUUAAUAUAUUUUCAAUAAAUAAUAACUAAUUUUAAAUAAUUUCACAAAAAUAUGUCAGCUACGGUGGCAAAUGGUAAUGGAGUGGUUAAUGAUGUAUCGGCUUUAAAGAAGGGUAAACCACCAGCAUUGAAAAAACUUCCUUCUUGGAAAGAAGACAAUGAUUUUGAUGCGUCUGGCAAUCCCAAAACGCCAAGAACUUCAACUACGCCUGGACAUGAAAACUGUACAUUUCAUCACGAUUUGGAAUUGGAUCACAAGCCACCAACUCGCGAAGCUCUUUUGCCUGACAUGACUGACUCGUAUAAAAUGCUACUGAGUGCUUUAGGUGAGAAUCCAGAACGACAAGGUUUACUGAAGACUCCAGAAAGAGCUGCAAAAGCAAUGUUAUUUUUUACCAAAGGCUACGAUCAAACUCUUUCAGAUGUACUGAACGAUGCUGUAUUUGAUGAAGAUCACGAUGAAAUGGUAGUCGUCAAAGAUAUUGAAAUGUUUAGUAUGUGCGAACAUCAUCUUGUGCCAUUUUAUGGUAAAGUUUCAAUAGGAUAUUUACCAAAAAACAAAAUUUUAGGUUUAAGUAAAUUGGCUAGAAUUGUGGAAAUGUUUAGCAGAAGACUACAAGUUCAAGAACGUCUAACUAAACAAAUCGCUGUUGCUGUAACUCAAGCUAUUCAACCAACCGGCGUUGCUGUAGUUAUCGAAGGAGUGCACAUGUGCAUGGUUAUGAGAGGAGUACAGAAGAUUAACAGCAAAACCGUAACAUCGACCAUGUUAGGUGUGUUCAGAGAUGACCCGAAGACCCGUGAAGAGUUUCUCAAUCUAGUGCAGUCUAAUUGAAACAACUAUUACAAUCGGAACAUAUAAUAUUCAAAAUCUACACGAAUAAACAAAAUUAUACACUCGAUAUGACGUGCACGUUAUUAUGUUGCACUUAAAAUUUUCCUUUAAAUAUUUAACUCACUUUAUAAACGAUAUGUGGUGUUUCUAACUGAUAUAAAAUUUACUGCGAGUUCCUUAUAAUUCUAAAUCAAUUUUAUGUAAUCGCUGAGUUUGUCUUUUUCUAACGUUAGACCCCUGGCAUGCGUUGGUUUUUUUAUAUAUUUUGCAUUGUUAUAGAGUAUAAUUUUCAUAAUUUGUGUUGGUAUGAAUUAAGGCUUGUUAAAAUUUUGGAUUAAAUCACUCAUUGCAAACAUUCCAUUGAUGCAAUAAAACAAAAAGAAGUUAUCGAAAAACUAUGCUAUACUCUCCUCAAGUUCUUAUUUUUAUACAUUUACUUUCUAAACAUAUAUUUUCUUUUUAAUGAAAGUUAAAACAGCUUUUAAGAGUCUAAAUACCUAACUGUUUAUUUUGCGCAAAUCCAUAGCAGUAUAAAAUGUUUUUAAUUUCGAAUUAACUACUUGUUUUGUGCACGGUAUGGUUGUACUAAGCAUUUAAUAUAUAAUAAAGACUUUAUUAUUAAUAUAUUUGUUAAAAUAAUUCAUGUUAUUAAAUAAAUAUAUGAUAUAUUUAUCGUACGUUAAUAAAUAUGUUGAAAUUUAA